AUGAAAACAGAUGACGAUACAAUUGUUGAUUUACCUAGAUUGGAAUUUUGGAUUGACAAGAAAGCUAGGAAAGAUUCGGAAAAAGGCCCAGCAUUUUUUGGGGUUGUUUAUGGAAAAUCAAAGCCAAUAAGGGACCCAAGAAAUAAGUGGUAUGUUCCUUAUGAGCAUUUUCCCGGUAAUCUAUUUCCUCGUUACAUGCAAGGAGCUAGCUAUUUUGGAAAUGGAAAAGCAAUUAAAUUAAUUAUGCAACACACAAAAGAAGCUAUUGGAUUUAAUAUGGAUGAUAUUUUAUUUACUGGAACUUUGGCUGAAAUUGCUAAUGUUUCUAGAAUUGAUUAUUCUGUACAUUUUAGGGGGCAAUUUAAUGUAAUAUAA